UGCCAGCUGGCUCUUUCGUUAGGGACCGAGGCGGAGGUUCGGGGCUCUCGUCGCUGAGGGGGGGGGAUUCCCCCCCAACCCCUCAGCCCUCUACCCACCCAAGAGGAGCCUCUCCUCCCAAACUUGCCUCUGGCUGCUCUGGCAGGCUGUCCAGCUAGAAGCUGGCCCUGGUCACUGCGCCUGGGACUUAGAGUCUGCACCCCCUUCAGGAUUCUCCAGUCCCAGCUGGCCAGGGCUCGCUGGGGGUCCCCCAGCCUUUUGGUAGAGCCUGCACGGCUGGGCGAGCUUGAGAAGGAACAUGAAGGUUGGCUGGCCAGGUGAGAGCCGCUGGCAGGUGGGCCUGACUGUGGAAGACAGUCCAACUCUGGGAGCACCACAGGUGGGAGGCCUUCCGGACGUGGUGCCUGAGGGGACACUGCUCAACAUGGUGCUAAGGAGGAUGCACCGGCCCCGAAGCUGCUCCUACCAGCUGCUCCUUGAGCACCAGCGCCCCAGCCGCAUCCAGGGGCUUCGCUGGACGCCACUCACCAACAGCGAGGAGUCCCUGGAUUUCAGUGUGAGCCUGGAGCAGGCAUCCACAGAGCGGGCGCUCAGGGCUGGGAAGCAGCUGCAUCGGCAUCUCCUGGCCACUUACCCCAACCUCAUCCGAGACCGGAAGUACCACCUUAGGCUCUAUCGGCAAUGUUGCUCAGGUCGGGAGCUGGUGGAUGGGAUCUUGGCCCUGGGGCUCGGGGUCCAUUCACGGAGCCAAGCCGUGGGAAUCUGCCAGGUCCUGCUCGAUGAAGGUGCCCUCUGCCAUGUCAAACACGACUGGACCUUUCAGGACCGAGAUACCCAAUUCUACCGUUUCCCGGGGAGGGAGCCAGAGCCUGCAGGAGUCCACGAGCUGGAGGAGGAGCUGGUUGAGGCUAUGGCCCUGCUCUCUCAGCGGGGGCCUGAUGCCCUGCUUACUGUGGCACUUCGGAAGCCCCCAGGGCAGCGCACAGACGAGGAGCUGGAGCUCAUCUUUGAGGAGCUGCUGCACAUCAAGGCUGUGGCCCACCUCUCCAACUCGGUGAAGCGGGAGUUAGCGGCAGUUCUGCUCUUUGAACCCCACAGCAAGGCGGGCACCGUGUUGUUCAGCCAGGGGGACAAGGGCACCUCAUGGUACAUUAUCUGGAAGGGCUCUGUCAAUGUGGUGACCCAUGGCAAGGGGCUGGUGACCACACUGCACGAGGGAGAUGACUUUGGACAACUGGCUCUGGUGAACGACGCACCCCGGGCGGCCACCAUCAUCCUGCGAGAAGACAACUGUCAUUUUCUCCGAGUGGACAAGCAGGACUUCAACCGUAUCAUCAAGGAUGUGGAAGCAAAGACCAUGAGGCUGGAAGAACAUGGCAAAGUGGUGUUGGUGCUGGAGAGAACCUCUCAGGGUGCUGGCUCUUCUUGCCCCCCAACCCCAGGCAGGAACCGGUACACGGUGAUGUCUGGCACCCCGGAGAAGAUCCUAGAACUGCUGUUGGAGGCCAUGAGGCCUGAUUCCAGUGCUCAUGACCCAACAGAGACAUUCCUCAGUGAUUUCCUCCUGACUCACAGAGUCUUCAUGCCCAGCACCCAGUUCUGCGCGGCCCUCCUGCACCACUUCCACGCGGAGCCCGCGGGAGGCAGUGAGCAGGAGCGCAACACCUACAUCUGCAACAAGAGACAGCAGAUCCUGUGGCUGGUCAGCCAGUGGGUGGCCCUGUACGGCCCCAUGCUCCACACUGACCCUGUGGCCAGCAGCUUUCUCCAGAAACUCUCAGACCUGGUGAGCAGGGAUGCCCGGCUUAGCAACCUGCUUCGGGAGCAGUGGCCAGAGAGGCGGCGACACCACAGGUUGGAAAACGGCUGUGGGAGUGCAUCUCCUCAGAUAAAGGCCCGGAACUUGCCCAUUUGGCUCCCCAGCCAGGACGAGCUCCUCCCCAGCAACAACUGUGCCAUCCGAGUUGGGGACAAAGUCCCCUAUGACAUCUGCCGGCCAGACCACUCAGUGCUGACCCUGCAGCUGCCUGUGACAGCUUCAGUGAGAGAGGUGAUGGCCGCGCUGGCCCAGGAGGAUGGCUGGACCAAGGGGCAGGUGCUGGUGAAGGUCAACUCUGCAGGUGAUGCCAUUGGCCUGCAGCCAGAUGCCCGUGGUGUGGCCACAUCCCUGGGGCUCAACGAACGGCUCUUUGUUGUCAACCCACAGGAAGUGCAUGAGCUGACCCCACACCCUGAGCAGCUGGGGCCCACUGUGGGCUCUGCCGAGGGGCUGGACCUGGUGAGCGCCAAGGACCUGGCAGGCCAGCUGACGGACCAUGACUGGAGCCUCUUCAACAGUAUCCACCAGGUGGAACUAAUCUACUAUGUGCUGGGCCCCCAGCAUCUGCGGGACGUGACCACCGCCAACCUGGAGCGCUUCAUGCGCCGCUUCAACGAGCUGCAGUAUUGGGUGGCCACGGAGCUGUGUCUCUGCCCUGUACCCGGCCCGCGGGCCCAGUUGCUCAGGAAGUUCAUUAAGCUGGCAGCCCACCUCAAGGAGCAAAAGAACCUCAAUUCUUUCUUUGCUGUCAUGUUUGGUCUCAGCAACUCGGCCAUCAGCCGCCUGGCCCAAACCUGGGAGCGGCUGCCCCACAAAGUCCGGAAGCUGUACUCGGCCCUUGAGAGGCUGCUGGACCCCUCAUGGAACCACAGAGUGUAUCGCCUGGCCCUCACCAAGCUCUCCCCUCCCAUCAUCCCCUUCAUGCCCCUUCUUCUCAAAGACAUGACCUUUAUCCACGAGGGAAACCACACCCUGGUGGAGAAGAACCUCAUCAACUUUGAGAAAAUGAGAAUGAUGGCCAGAGCCGUGCGGAUGCUGCACCACUGCCGAAGCCACAGCAGCGUGCCUCUCUCACCACUCAGAAGCCGCGUCUCCCACUUCCACGAGGACAGCCAGAUGGCAAGGAUUUCCACGUGCUCGGAGCAGUCCCUGGGCACCCGCAGUCCCACCAGCACCUGGGCCUAUGUCCAACAGCUGAAGGUCAUCGACAACCAGCGGACACUGUCCCGCCUCUCCCGGGAGCUGGAGCCUUGAGGAGGGGCUGGGGCUGGAGCAGCAGGCACUUCCCGCCUGGAAAGCCAGGGCGCGCCUGGGCCAAGGGGCCCGAGGGCUGGCCACAGCUGGGCAGGGCUCUCCGAGGAGCGGACUCGAGGCCCUGGAUCGGGCAGCGUGGAGGCAGCUGUCCCCCGUGAUGACUGUCGGCCAAGGAGGACCUCAGAGUGGAAGGAGCGGGGCCCAAGCCCAGGAGCGGGGGACAGAGAGACCCUGGAGUGGGUGGGAGAGCAGAGCAGGCGCUGGGACUCUGUGUUCAAUAGAGAGCUCUCCACACCAGGUUUUCUUCCAGAUUCUGUGCUUCUGGCUUUGUUGUCUAGCCAUCUCUUGGCCCCUGGGGUUUGUCUGCAUGUGUGUGGCAUGUGUGUGGCAGGGGUAGGGCUGGGUGUGGGGAGGGCGGAGGAGGGGAGGGGUGGUCCUGCUUUUCUUUCCAUUGCACAGGAGAUAAACAGUUGGGUGUGGUCAAGGCUGUUUGUUCU